AUGGUAGUUCUCGUGGAUCUGACGGCGAACGGCGCUGGGCGGGAGCAGGAUGCCGAGAGAACUACAAGCAGGAGGCGGGGUCAAGGGAGAGGGAUCUACGCGGCUAGCAGUGGCGAAGACGGCUGUAGCGGCAGCAUGAAGCGGACCCCGACCGCCGAGGAACGAGAGCGCGAAGCUAAGAAACUGAGGCUCUUGGAAGAGCUCGAAGAUACGUGGCUUCCUUAUCUGACCCCCAAGGAUGAUGAAUUCUAUCAGCAGUGGCAGCUGAAGUACCCGAAACUGAUUCUCCGCGAGGCGGGCAGCGUCCCCGAGGAGCUCCACAAGGAGGUGCAGGAAGCCUUCCUCACGCUGCACAAGCACGGCUGCUUCUUUCGGGACCUGGUCAGGAUCCAGGGCAAAGACCUGCUCACGCCCGUGUCGCGCAUCCUCAUCGGCAACCCUGGCUACACCUACAAGUACCUCAACACCAGGCUGUUCACGGUGCCUUGGCCGAUGAAGGGCACGAGCCCCAAGUACGACGAGCCAGACAUCGGGGCCGCCUGUCAGACCUUCCUCAAGCUCAACGACUACCUGCAGACAGAGACGGUCCAGGCUUUGGAAGAACUUGCGUGCAAGGAGAAAGCCAACAUCGAUGCCGUGCCCGUGUGCAUAGGUCCAGACUUCCCCAGGGUCGGGAUGGGGUCCUUUGACGGGCAGGACGAGCUGGACAUGAAGAACAGAGCCGCCUACAACGUCACUUUGUUGAAUUUCAUGGAUCCCCAGAAAAUGCCCUACCUGAAGGAGGAGCCUUACUUCGGCAUGGGGAAGAUGGCCGUGAGCUGGCACCACGACGAGAAUCUGGUGGAACGCUCGGCGGUGGCCGUGUACAGCUACAGCUGUGAAGAAGGCCCAGAAGAGGAAAGUGAGGAUGACCCUCAGCUCGAAGGCAGAGACCCGGAUAUUUGGCAUGUCGGUUUUAAGAUCUCGUGGGACAUCGAGACUCCUGGCUUGGCAGUACCCCUUCACCAAGGAGACUGCUACUUCAUGCUUGAUGAUCUCAAUGCCACCCACCAACACUGUGUUUUGGCUGGUUUACCACCUCGGUUUAGUUCCACCCACCGAGUGGCAGAGUGCUCUGCCGGAACCUUGGAUUAUAUCUUACAGCGCUGCCAGCUCGCUCUGCAGAAUGUCCGCAUCGAGGCAGACAGUGGUGAUGUUUCUUUGAAAUCCUUUGAGCCUGCAGUUCUGAAACAAGGAGAAGAAAUCCACAACGAGGUCGAGUUCGAGUGGCUGAGACAGUAUUGGUUUCAAGGAAAUCGAUACAGAAAAUGCACUGAUUGGUGGUGUCAACCCAUGGCUCAACUGGAAGAACUGUGGAAGAAGAUGGAAGGUGUGACGAAUGCUGUGCUUUGUGAAGUCAGAAGAGAGGGGGUCCCCGUGGAACAAAGGAAUGAAAUCUUGACUGCCAUCCUUGCCUCGCUCACUACACGUCAGAACCUGAGGAGAGAGUGGCACGCCAGGUGCCAGUCCCAGAUUGCCCGAACCUUACCUGUGGAUCAGAAGCCAGAAUGUCGGCCAUACUGGGAAAAGGAUGACCCUUCGAUGCCUCUGCCAUUCGAUCUCACAGACAUCGUUUCAGAACUCAGAGGUCUGCUUCUGGAAGGAAAACCCUAGAAGGAGCACAAGUCUUAGGUGGAGGAGGAAAAGAUAUUUUUGGCUUCCUUCCUCCGGCCUUGCCGUGGGCUUGGGCAAGGGCAGUAUGGGUAGACUUGAUUUUAGAUUUUAGAACCUGGGUCCCUUUAGAAAGAGUAGGGAAUGAAGCCCAUGAAUGUUAAAAUGUUUAAAAUUGGCACAGUGUUAGAAUCUGAUUUGGUACGAAACAAGAAUCUGCCCCCUGAAUACUAUUCCCCACUUGGAUUUUUCACGGGAGCCAUUUUAGCUCCCAAGGGCCCAGGCGGCAGGGGUGAGCCCAGUCUAUGGCGGAGCCCAACCCACUUUCCACCUUCCCCAGCCUUUUCAGAAACUCUAGAGUAGAAGGCUGCAAAGUCAUUCUAGGGAAGACAGAACCUGGAUACUGCCCCCCCUCCAUUUCUUACCACGCCCUCUAGAGGCUGUGCUGUCCAAUAUGGUAGCCCCUAGCUGGGUGUGGCUUCUUAAAUCCAUUUUCCAUCAUAAUAAAAAUUCCAUUCCUCAGCUGUUUAAUAGCCACACGUGUCUGGUGACUAGUGUAUUGGGCAAAACAGAUGCAGAACAUUUUCCUCCUCGUGGAAAGUCCUGUUGGAUAACACUUCUAUAAAAAGUUUGAGAGCAGGAAAUUCUCUUCUCCACUUGUCUGUAGCCACCAUCCCCAUAUGCGAAAGGAAUGAAAAGAGAAGCGUGUCACUGAAGAGAAGCCACUGUCUCUUCUGUAAAAGCCUGAGUUAUGAGUUCUGUACUCUGCCCCCCGGGAAUGAGGAGGUGUUGGAAAUUAAAAUACACUUGACAUCUGUCAUUGGGAAGGAUCCCUGAGCUUAUGAAAGAGAUGCAGCCCUGUUGGCAUUGCUUUGUGGAUUUAGCCCGCACGUGCAUUUUUCUGGAAUUCUCCCAUCCAUAUGUAAUGACAGGUGGGCUCGAGGCCCGAGGAGCCCCAGUGCCCCAUCCUGAUGAUAUCUGUGCACUAGAGAGGCGAUGUAUAGUAGAGGUUUAAAACCUGGGCUCUGGCUUUAGAGCGCACUGGCUCUGUGACUUUUGGCGUGUCAUUUUGCCUCAGUCUCCUGAUCCGUAUGAUGGGGAUACUAAAGGCACCAACUCACAAGGUGAAGAGUAAAGGGACUAACCUAGCUACAGGUGUAGAACAACUCCUGACAAGUAGUUAGAUACCCAGUAAAUAUUAGUAUUUUUCUGUAUCUGUAAGCUGACCUGAUGUAGACGUUGUCCCCUCCUUCCUCUGUCCUCGUGCCGAUUUUGUCUCGUGACGCCAUGAUCUCAUCCCUCCCUUUCUGGCUUGGCUCCUGCCCUGCGGUGACCCCAGAAAUCGUGGGAGUAGUUCGCCCCUCGCCCCAACCCGGGACCUUCUCUUGUAGUGGUUUACCGUAGUUUGGGAGCUGAAGAGCUCUUGUGCUCAUUGAGAGACUCUCUCCUGCCCUGAGACUCUCCGGGUUCAAGGUGGCGUUCACGUCCACAGAGCUAACCGCCGAAGCGCCGUGUUAACGCAGAGCAGCCAGGGUUUCAUGGUCUGGAGACUCGGUUCUCUCAGACCAGAGAUGAAUUCCCCGAUGUCCUUAGGCCUCAUCGGGAAGAGAGAGAGGAAGUGCGGCCCACUGGGCUGUUGCAGAGAUGACAUGAGCUCCAGGACGUAGGGAGCGUGCGGGCGCAUCGCCUCCGCUGUUGUAUUUGGCGCCCAUGCGUGUUCCAUGUUCUGUUUCCUGAGGUGCCGAUAUUUCAGAAUUGGGAGGUGUCCUAUAAAAUAAAAACGUGUGUGUUCUCCUUAGAAUUCAGAACAUCUGGCAGCCCUCGGCCUCCGUCCUGGCAUGGUGACGAGCUAGGUAGCGUCUCCUCGCGCUCGGGCGGGACGGGAGCCUUCCAUGGCCCCCGGUGCUCCCCACUGUCAUUGGUCAGCACCCGGCCACCGGCAGACAGCGCCCGCACCUGCUUGCUUACACCCUACGUUAGAAUAGGUGAUCGUGUCUAGUGCUGUCCCCGGUGUGCGUGUGUUACUCUUGAGCUCCGUUUGUGGCCUACUUGUAGUAAUGUGUCUUGUACAUCAUAAAACAUUCAUACACAAUAAAAUUAUUAA